GUUGCCGCGACUGCAAAUGCUGUUGCCAUUGUUGAUGCUGUUGAAGCUGUAGGUGCUGUUGCUGUUAGAAAGGCUGUGGUAACCGGUGUGGAAAUUGUUCCUGGUGUUGUUGCUGUUGCUUCUGCUGCUGUGGUAAUAGUCGUUGAGUUUGUGCUUGCUUCAAAAAGAUUUUCCGUUGCUGUAGUGAAGGUGAUGUUCACUGACGAUGCUGCUGUCGUUGUUGCUUUCGCUGUGAUUGUAGGUGUUGUGGCAGGAGAAGUUGUUGUAACUGGGAUAGCCCUUGUUGUUGCCGUGAAGUUUGUUUUCGGCGUUGUUGUUGUCUGCGUUGAUGUACUUGCAAAAGAAUUUACUGUUCUUGAGGGAGUAGUAGUAGUCGUUGCUAUUGUUGUAGUUGUCAUUUUCGCCGGGGUAGUAGUAGCAGAAGGAGCAUUAGUAGUUGUUGCUGUUGUCGCUGCUGUUGCUCUUGUUGCUGUUGUUCCUGCUGCUGUCGGUUCCGUUGAAGUGGUUGAUGGUGUUGUCGCUGUUUUUGUUGAUGUCUUGGAAGGUGUUGUCGUUGUUUUCGUUGUUGAUUUGGAUGGUGUUGUUGUUUUUGUUGUUGCUGUUUUCGUUGUUGUCUUGGAUGGCGUUGUUGUUCUUGUUGUUGUUGUUGUUUUCGUCGUCGUUGUUGUUGCUGUCUUCGUCGUAGUCUUCGUAAUGGGAGUCGUUGUUGCUUUUGUUGUUGUCGUUGUUUCUGUUGUUGCCAUAGUAACAAGUAUUGGGUCAAAUAUUUUGUCUGAAGGUUGA